UUUGCAUGGGUUGGGCAAUAAAAGCUCAGGGCAAGUUUCCUCGUUCUAGAAAUUCAAAAAGGCACCCUACCCACCAAAUAGCCACAUCCUAUCCCGCAUUUUACAGUACUGGAAGAUGGGCCAGCGAAGGAGAAUAUGGACCCCGCCCCCUGCCGGACCUCAGUCCCCACGAACCUUGUAGGGACCAACCCUGGCGACAGCACCCCCUGGCUCCGCGAGCCUCCUGGGUGCCACGAGCCGUCCCAGCUCCACCUCUUCCGCCCGCGGUUUACAGGCUCGCUCCGCCCUGCGCGCCAGUCGGAAGUGCGGACGCCGGAACCACCCUUCAGCUGAGCUGCGGCGCGCCCGUGAGUACUAUAAGAUUGAUAUUAAAGACAUGGUUUUCACUCCUCUUCAUCAACACACAUAAGUUUACUCUUCAUUUUGGACCCCUAUUUUAUACCACAAUGCAACAAGCUUUAGAACUAGCUUUGGAUCGUGCUGAGUAUGUUAUUGAAAGUGCCCGACAGAGACCUCCUAAAAGGAAAUACCUGUCUAGUGGAAGAAAAUCUGUAUUUCAAAAACUUUAUGACUUAUAUAUCGAAGAAUGUGAAAAAGAGCCUGAGGUUAAGCAGAAAUUAAGAAGAAAUGUGAAUUUGUUAGAGAAGCUUGUUAUGCAAGAGACAUUAUCCUGUUUAGUGGUCAACCUAUACCCAGGAAAUGAAGGAUAUUCUCUGAUGCUCAGGGGAAAAAAUGGAUCAGAUUCUGAGACCAUUCGACUGCCUUAUGAAGAAGGGGAAUUGCUUGAAUACUUGGAUGCAGAAGAAUUACCUCCAAUUUUGGUUGAUCUCCUAGAAAAAUCUCAGGUUAAUAUUUUUCAUUGUGGAUGUGUCAUAGCAGAAAUACGUGACUACAGGCAGUCCAGUAAUAUGAAAUCUCCUGGUUACCAAAGUAGGCAUAUUCUCUUACGUCCAACAAUGCAGACUUUAAUCUGUGAUGUGCAUUCAAUAACAAGUGAUAACCAUAAAUGGACCCAGGAAGAUAAACUCUUGCUUGAGAGCCAACUGAUCCUAGCUACAGCUGAACCACUGUGUCUUGAUCCUUCCAUAGCAGUAACCUGUACUGCAAAUAGACUGCUUUAUAACAAGCAAAAGAUGAACACGCGCCCCAUGAAACGGUGUUUCAAGAGGUAUUCCAGGUCGUCUCUGAAUCGGCAGCAGGAUCUCUCUCAUUGUCCACCUCCGCCUCAGCUAAAAUUACUUGAUUUCUUACAAAAAAGGAAGGAAAGAAAAGCAGGUCAACAUUAUGACCUCAAGAUUUCUAAAGCAGGAAAUUGUGUAGAUAUGUGGAAACGGAGUCCCUGUAAUUUGGCCAUACCUUCCGAAGUGGAUGUGGAGAAAUACGCUAAAGUGGAAAAGUCCAUCAAAUCUGAUGACUCACAACCAACAGUCUGGCCAGCCCAUGAUGUAAAAGAUGAUUAUGUAUUUGAAUGUGAAGCUGGUAAUCAGUAUCAGAAAACAAAGCUGACCAUUUUGCAGUCACUUGGUGAUCCACUUUACUAUGGCAAAAUACAGCCAUGUAAAGAAGAUGAAGAAAAUGACAGCCAGAUGUCUCCAUCCCACUCCUCCACAGAUGACCAUUCAAAUUGGUUUAUUAUUGGAUCAAAGACUGAUGCUGAGAGGGUAGUCAAUCAGUACCAGGAGUUGGUCCAGAAUGAAGCCAAAUGUCCAGUCAAAAUGUCACACAGCUCCAGUGGCUCAGCCAGCUUAAGUCAACUUUCUCCAGGGAAAGAAACAGAACAGCCCGAGACUGUGUCAGUUCAGUCUUCAGUUUUGGGGAAGGGAGUAAAACACCGACCUCCACCCAUCAAACUCCCCUCAAGCUCAGGAAAUAGUUCUUCAGGUAACUAUUUUACACCGCAACAGGCCAGCAGCUUUCUUAAAUCUCCAACUCCUCCUCCUGCUUCCAAGCCACCAAGUCUUUCUCGGAAGUCAUCUGUGGAUCUCAAUCAAGUCAGCAUGCUUUCUCCAGCUGCCUUGUCACCUGCCAGUUCAUCACAAAGAUCUGGAACUCCUAAGCCAUCUACUCCUACACCAACCCCUUCAUCGACCCCACACCCUCCUGAUGCUCAGAGCUCAACUCCUAUUACCCCUUCAGCCACCCCUACUCCCCAAGAUUCAGGCUUCACCCCUCAGCCCACUUUGUUAACUCAGUUUGCUCAGCAGCAAAGGUCUCUGAGCCAGGCAAUGCCUGUAACGACCAUUCCUCUUUCCACCAUGGUAACAUCCAUAACUACAGGAACCACGGCCACCCAGGUCAUGGCAAACUCUGCUGGACUUAACUUCAUCAAUGUAGUGGGCUCUGUUUGUGGAGCCCAGGCUUUGAUGAGUGGUUCAAACCCUAUGCUGGGCUGUAACACUGGUGCCAUAACUCCUGCAGGAAUAAACCUGAGUGGCCUUCUACCCUCAGGAGGUCUGCUACCAAAUGCAUUGCCCGGUGCAAUGCAGGCAGCUUCUCAAGCAGGUGUUCCAUUUGGUUUAAAAAAUACUUCAAAUCUCAGGCCCUUAAAUCUACUCCAGCUUCCAGGUGGUUCACUCAUUUUUAACACUCUGCAGCAGCAGCAACAGCAGCUUUCUCAGUUUACGCCACAGCAGCCUCAGCAGCCCACCACUUCCAGUCCUCAGCAGCCAGGAGAGCAGGGUUCUGAACAAGGUUCUACCAGUCAAGAACAGGCCUUAUCUGCUCAGCACGCUGCUGUUAUUAACCUUGCUGGAGUAGGAAGUUUCAUGCAGUCACAGGCAGCUGUGUUGUCUCAGCUUGGCUCUGCCGAGAACAGACCUGAGCAAAGCCUUCCUCAGCAGAGAUUCCAGCUCUCCUCUGCCUUUCAACAGCAGCAGCAACAGAUACAACAGUUGCGAUUCUUGCAGCAUCAAAUGGCUAUGGCAGCAGCAGCAGCACAAACAGCUCAGCUACAUCGUCAUCGGCAUACAGGCAGCCAGUCAAAAAGUAAAAUGAAGAGAGGCACGCCAACCACUCCAAAAUUCUGAGUCUUGCUUUUUUUUCUUUUUUAAAACCAUUAAGAGCAUUGAAUCAAAAGGAUUCUGAGUUUCUACUUCAUUUUUUGGUUUUGUUUUUUUUAAAUGUCAGUAUUUUACAUUGCUAGAUGUACAAACUUUAUACAGAAGCACAACCCUAGCAUUUUUAAGUAAAAACAGGGAGAUGGUCUAAUGAACCAUUAGGGUUGGUUUGCCUAAGUUACUGCUUUUUAAAAAUGGUUUCACUGUACAUAAUACAUGUGGAAGUGACCUAAGAAAUACUAGAAACAUCUUUCAGAAGAAUGUAGUUUGAUAUUUAUUUAGUAUAAAAGGUUUGUGCACAGUGUAACAAAUACAGUUUUUACAAAUCCGUUUUGAAAA